CAAGUUCGCGAGCCGAGUUUUAAUGACGCGGCGGAAUUUCAUGAGCGAAGAUUCCCUUUGUUAUAUGUAUGGUUUUCCCUUGGGUUCUAGGCAGAAAGAAGUGAGAUCUUGAAUUUAUAAGUUUUUUCUUCAUUUUGAUAGCUUGUCGAUUGGAAGGCGCGGAAGGGAAUACGUACGCUUUCUUGUUUCUGAAGGCUAUUUGCAAACGGUUCGGGUUUGAUCCACAUUCUUCAGGUACAGGUGCGCGGAUAGAAGUAGACUUUGGGUUUAGGGAAGAGAUUCUAGGUCGGAAGUCUCGGAAGCGUUGAAGAUGAAUCGCUCGCGUUAUGAAGCUCUCCCCCGCACUUCCUCUCCUCCCUCAUCAAACCCCCCGAUCCUCCUCGACCCAAUCUUUCACAACCCCUCCUACAACUAUAACUCCGGAACUCCUACCUCCGUUCCCUCGUCCGUUCCAUCAAGCCACCGAACAUCUAUCACCAGUAUUUCUUCUCGUACCCCGCCGCCCAGCUUUCACAGUAGUCAGGUUGCGCAUUUGAAUAGUCAAGGCUCUUCACAAUUCUCCUCGAGCAACACAUAUGGUAAUUUAAUUGGUGGAGCAAGCGGGACAACAGGAACGACAGGCACUACACCAUUCCCUCCAUUCAACAAUGCGUAUGCUACAAACUAUCCAGACUCCGCACCACCAUCUUUUCAUUCCCGCUCUAGUACUCCACGUCCAACGCCGAGCACGAGGACGCUGGCUAGUAAUGUUAGUGGAGUUAGUGGUGUAACUGGAGGAAGUGGUAUAGAUCUUUGGGGCGUAGCGACUACUACUUCAGGGGGUGAUGAAUCGGGGGAAGAUAGAGAGGGAUCAGGGGGGUUAAUGAUGGUGAAGGGAUUGGAGAGGAGAAUGGAGAGACUAGAAGAGAGCAUUGGGAGACUGCUUCUUGAAAAUGAAGAACUCCGCAGAUUAAGAGCCGCUGGUACGGGUGUCAAUGCAGGAGGCCAAAAUCAAGGAAACAGACAGAAUUGCUGCGUUGUAUUUACGGAUGCAUCGAGAGAUAUGGAAGAGGCGUUGGUCAUGAAUGGUCAUAGUAAUUGCUGCGUGCGUUUCACCUCCUCCACAAACCCAUCAGAUAGAAAGUUGCAGCGCAAGAAAGAAUGGUUUAUUGCGAUUGCGGUUAUGACGUUGUUGGUGACAUUUUUUGUGAUGAUGGUUAAUGGGUAUGCGAGGGAAGCGAGCGGGGAAAGAGGAAGCGGGGUAGGCGGGUAUGAGGAGGAGAGGAAUUAGACCAAAUUUGGCAUGGGGGAAGAAGAGAUUGUGAUGAUACGGUGAAUGUGUGAGAAGAUUUCAUAGAAUUGUUGAGAUUUCGGAAUUAUAGAGAAGGUGUAAUGAUGAGAUGAAUAGACGGGAUGGGUGAACAGUAUGAAUAAAUGGGAUGAAGGGACGAUAUACGACUCGAUAUUCUUAAUUUUGGGGGUUUUGUAGCUCGAUCGAGCA